AUGCCGUCUCCCUUGAGACCUGAGGCCCCCAAGGCUGCAGAGCCCAGGUACGGCCAGUCUUUCGAUCCAUGGAACUCAUCGUCUACGGGCCAUCAGCGAGCCGAGAAUCGGCUCGGCGGCAGCACAGGAUGGCGCGACUCCCGGAAUGCAAAGCUGCAGUCGCAGUUUCGAAGUGGCCGGUCGGGUGGCAAGCGCAUGUCCGAUACUGUAGGAGCUGGAUCGGAGUUCUGGGAUCCAAAGGCAAAGGCACUGAUCCCGCCGGAACUGCGUGCGCGUGCCAGAAGCUCCGUCAUGGACAUGCUGGCCAAGCCGGGCACAAUGCAAAAGAGUCUGGCUUCAUCGCGAGGAUCCACCUUGGCUUCUACUGAAGGUCAGGAUGGCUUGCCUGCGGACGAGAGGCAUAUGGCGUACGAAGACGAGGCCAGAGAGGCAGCGGCGCCCCUGCCGAGGAAGAUUCUCGAGGGCGUCGUUGUCUACGUUAACGGCAGCACGCAUCCCGCUAUCUCUGACCACAAACUGAAGCAGGUCCUGGCCGAGCACGGUGCGCGCAUGUCAACUCAUCUCGGUCGAAGACAAGUCACACAUGUUAUCCUGGGCAAGCCCGCAGGCGGCCGAGGAGGUGCUGGAGGCGGUCUUGCCGGGGGCAAACUGCAGAAGGAAAUACAGAAGCUAGGAGGUUGCGCAGUAAAGUUUGUCGGCGUUGAAUGGGUCCUUGAAAGUAUCAAAGCUGGCAAACGCCUGCCAGAAACGAAGUUUGCCCCCCUGAAAAUCGCUCUCAAGGGGCAGCAGAGCAUCUUCGGAUUGGCAACCAAAGCAAAGGCACCGGUUGAGUCAAAAUCACCGGAUGACGAGCCGCCUCCGAGCGGUCAGAGAUCGUAG